AUGUUAAAAAUAUGGACUGAAGAAUUUUUAAAUACUGUGAGCAGAUUGGAUCCAUAUUUUAUAGCUUUGCAUUGUCAAGAGGUUGGUGGGAAAAAUUACGAAGAAAGCAUGAAACACGUCAAUUUUUUUGUUAGUUUAUUGAUGACAAGCAAGGAGUUAAGGAUCUUCAAUAGAGCUCAAGUAUUUCUUGAUGAAGAAUUCACAUCGGCAGAAAAUUUUACAGCUUUAGGAAACUUUUAUUUUAUACACGAAGCCAUUAAAGAAGCAUCUUUAUGGGAUUUUAAUGAACAAAAGUUUUUACCUGUCACUGAAAAAACCAUAUACUCUGGGAAUAUUGAACAUGUUUCCACAAAAGAAAAGUCAAAAUUUCCUCAAGAAUUUUUUCCUGAGUGUAAAUGGUCACGUAAAGGUUUUUUGAGAACUAGAUGGAAGCUAAAUGGUUCUGUAUUUGAUCUCAUAAAUAUUCAUUUGUUUCAUGAUGCUUCAAAUUUUACUGCGAUGCAAUCUCACUCUUCUGUUUAUUCUGUCAUGAGACAAAAAGCACUUGAAUACACUUUAGAACGGUUUCGUAACUACGAUUUUGGAUUUGCUCCGUUUUUUUUAUUUGGAGAUUUUAAUUUUCGCACGGAUACCAAAGCUGUCAUAAUGAAAAUAGUUGAGGGGUUGGACAUGGUAAAAGAUGAUGUUGAUAAAGAGAACUUAGUUUUUCAGUAUACAGACAAUUCAAAAGAAGUAAUUUUUACUUUAAGAAAAAAAGAAUUUCGCCAUCUGGACCAUCAAAAUACAUUUAUGUCAAAAAGUGGAUCGUGGUUAAAAGAUUUUGAUCAUGAAUUAAAAUCUUUUGAAGAACAAUUAUUUGAAUUUCCUAUACAUUUUCAACCAAGUUAUCCAUUUGAAGAAAAUGAACAUGAAGGAAUGAACUAUAUGCAAACCAGGUGCCCAGCUUGGUGUGAUAGAGUGGUUUUAAGUACUGGUGCUAAACUUCUAAUACAUGAAAAGGCAUUUGAAGAAGAUAAUUUUGGUGAAGUCGAAUAUGAUCUUAUUGGAAAGAAAACAUGCAUGGGAGAUCAUAAGCCUGUAUACUUGAAAUGUGACAUUAUGAACAAUGCAGGUAUAGUGGACAGAGUGGAUUGUGCUUGUAAGCUUAACCGUGUGCCUCCUGAAACCCAAAAUCCACUGCAUGCUUUAUUGGGUGAUCAUUUAUGUGUAGAUUCAAACGAAUGUUGUAUUCCAGUAGUAGAUACAAUUAUACCAGAUAAUACUGUAUUAGGUGAAGUUAAAAUCCCUCCAGCACCAUCUACAUCCACAGAUGAUAGUGAACUUGACAUUGUAUCUAUAAAACAAAAUUAUACGGAAAGUCAUUGCAAAACACAUAAGCCGUUUGCUUGUGGAUUUUUGCGUAAAAAAAUAUCUGACAAACAAGGGACAAAUAAAAGUAUAUUUCCCGUAUCUAAUUGUAUUUGCAAAACACACAAAUGGAAAUUUCCGAUGAUCAUGCAAAAAGCUUGGAAGCAUAAUAGACGUAUCAGGCUCAAGUCAAUUCCUAGUUUCAAUAAUAUGCCUUUACAAAGGUAUCAAAGCCACCAUAGUUCAUCAGACGAAGAUUGGUUUGAGGAAAUUGCCGAUGAUGAAACUAAUAAUUGUGAUGACAAGAAAAACAAAUGUAAUUCUAAUUCAAACAAAACCCUCACUAAUGCCGAUAAUUGUCCUAUUAAUUUUGACAAUCAAUCUGAUCAAGUAGCAACAAAAAAAUUUAAAUGGUGUUCUUCUUUUGCGUUUAGAAAAUUUUGCGAGAAACGACCAUUAACAGAAACAAAAAUAGCCCGUAGAGAUCCGACAAAUUCUUGUCGUAUUAUAUAA